AUGGCCAAAUAUGAAGCAUGCAUCCUCGGGAUUAGGAUGGCAGUCGACAUGAACAUCAAAAAGCUUCUGGUCAUAAGAGAUUUUGAUAUGUUGAUAUAUCAAGUUCAAGGAGAAUGGACCACCAAGAACGUUAAGAUCCGUCUGUACCUGCUUUGUGUAAAGGAGCUGUGCAAGAAAUUAAUAAAAAAUGAGUUCAAACACAUUCCUAGGAACCAGAACGAGUUCGUUGAUGCUCUCGCAACCUUGUCAUGCAUGAUCCAUCAUCCAGAUAAGAAUAACAUUGACCUUAUUGAGAUAGAGGUCCAGGGUCAGCAUGUGUACUAUUUCCAUAUAGAUGAAGAGCCAGAUGGUAAGCUGUGGUACUACGAUAUUAAAAGGUUCCUUAAAAUAAGAGAGUACCCAGAGAAGGCCACCAAUGGUUCGGAGCGAGCACUCAAAAGGCUAGGAAAUCAAUUUUUCCUCAACGG